GGACUGCCAAGUCUGAAUUGGCUCGCCGGAUGAGCAGUCUGUGUGAAGGCAGGUACUUUGAACGGCUUCUUACUCGGUUUUCUGUACCUGAGGAGCUUUUCGGACCUUUGUCCAUGACAGGUCUUGAGAACGACCUCUAUGUCAGGAAGAUUGAUGGCUACCUUCCCACAGCUGAGAUAGCUUUUGUGGACGAGAUUUUCAAGGCUAACUCUGCCAUUCUCAAUGCGCUACUCACCAUUCUGAAUGAGAGGUUGUUUGACAAUGGGAAUGAGCGGCUACCUGCACCACUUCUGUGUCUGGUGGGAGCAUCCAAUGAACUUCCUGAGAGUGAAGAACUGGAUGCCCUGUACGAUCGUUUCCUGAUAAGGCGACAAGUUUCCCAAGUCAGCAGUGGGCAGCUUGCAAGACUUGCAAGGUUGGCAGCUGGACGGAAGGAUGCUAUGGAGGAUGAUGCAGCGAGUGAAAAUGGUGCCUCAAGUCCUGAAGGAGUGGGGAAGAUUUCCAUGGAUCAGUUCAGGAAUACAGCAGAAGAAGCGUACGAAGCUGUGGAUGUCCCUGAAUCGGUGAUUGACAUUCUGACAAGUCUGAGGGAUCACCUUCAGGACAAGUGCGAACCGCCAAUAUACGUGUCCGAUCGGCGGUUCAUGAAGGCUGUACAAAUGCUGCAGGUUGCAGCACAUGCUGAUGGCAGAACCGAGGUGAAUGAGUACGACGCCCUUUUGUUGGAGCAUGUGUUUGGCAACCGCCCUGAUGACUCACAGAAGGUGCGAAGCUACGUGCUGGAAACAAUUGCAUCUGACCCCGGUCUCCAACAAGCAGGCUUGAUGUUCCUGGGGCUGUUUGGGCGGGCUAUUCGCAUCCUUGAUUCUGAAUCAUCGGACGAGUUGUCAGAAGUUCAGGAAGAGGUUUCCAGCUUGGUGGAGUUACUGGAGACCCGCCACAGUGGCCUGACCAAGACUAUGGAUGGCCAGUUCCCUCAGCUGCGAUCCACUGUGUGGCACAGCCAGGAAUCGGUGCAGGCAGCAGUGCAAGCUCUCACACCCCAGAUGACGGAAAACAAAAAGAAGCUGGAAGAGCUGUACCGCGAGAGCUACCUCUUGAAAACGUGCCUGGAUAGAGCGACGUCAUCUUCAGUGCUCGAGCGUUUGCUGCCAAAGAGGUACAAGCAAUACCAGAAGGGCAUUUCGGGGAAGGCGUGA